AUGCCUCCUAAGCGUAAGUCCACCGAGCCGGCUAUUAAAGCACCUCAAAAUCCUAAAAAGGCAAAGCCUGCUGCCAGUCGGUGGUCUAAAGUCUCGGCAUCGAAAAACGCCGAUGUUUCCUUGAAAGAGGAGCUCUUGAAGCCCAAAUCAUGGGAAUACAUCUGCUUCUGCGAGAAGCGCUUGGGAAUUCAACAAGGCCAGGAUACUGACGGCGAGGAGGAUGAAGAUGAGGAGGAGGAUGAAGAUGAGGAUGAUAAGUGUGGUGAGAACUGCGUCUGCUUCAAGGACCACAACGACCACCCGGAACACAAAGUCUUCGUGACCAAAGCCGCCUUUUGUAUUUCGACCAACAUGGCCAACCUCAUUCGUCUCAGAGAUCCCGAUUGUUUCGGCAUGUAUGUGUACAACGAUUUCGCAUCGUACGGUGCAUUUGAGGUGGUGCAGAAUACGCUACUGGAUUUUGUGGAGGCCGAUGGCGAUUGGAAGAGACAAUGGGCUAUUUGCGAGGCAUUCGUCCUAUGCUUCCAGCUGGGUUAUAUCGAUGUUAUGUAUAUGUCUGAUGACGGUGAAGGAUUUCAGAAGACGAUCAACAUGCUUCAAACCAUGUUCCUCUCAAUUCUGGCUACACUCGAUCGCAAAAAUCUGAUGUCUAAUGACUCGGAGGUCAAGAAUCUUGGCUUGAUCAUGGCGAUGCAAAUUCACCAAUCACAAAACGGUGAAUCAACAAUGAGUCAAGGCGAUGAAGCUGACGAAUUCUCGGCUAAGGUCCAUGCAUAUGCGAUCAAGCACAAGAUUUUACUGCAAGGAGCGCCAAAAAUCGAGAAUUAUGUUGCCGAAUUGAAGGAAAUGGACGAGGUUUCUCUCCCUGCCUCUGACAGCAACAACAACGACCCUUGGGACUUCAACAAGAAUUUUGAGACUUACCAAAAGCACUUCGCCCAGUUCGGUGGAGAUAACUUCGAUAUCACCACCAUGUCUUCCACUGAACGUAGAAGCCACGCCUUCGAUAAGAAGGACCCUUUGUCCAAGGCGGAGAUCAAGAUGAUUAAGGAUGGUACGAUCAUGGCGUCCGGCUAG